UAUAAACAAAUCAGUAGAAACUCGAAUAUUGAAAAAUAACAUGAACACAUAAUUAUUUUAAUUUUACAUGAAUUAUGAAGUGAUGUGAAGCAAUAAUGGAUAUUCUGCAAAAAUUUAUUUUGAACAGUAAAGCAGCAAAUUAUGUCGUCAAUUUCUUCGAAAAUCUUAAAAUACUGCCAAUUCGAGAAGAGAAAAUCAACUUUUUGACAGAGGUUUCGCCGGCAGUGGCUUUGUGUGCCGGCUUUGUGUUCGCCUUCAUCAUCUUCCUGCUCUACAGCGGUAUGUGCCACAGAGUCAAGGUCAAGACAGACUACAGUCUGAGGCCUAUGAUGACCAUUGCCUACCUGUUCGACUUUGGCGGCUACAGAGAGGCAGCCAAGGCUAUGGACGAGUGGCGACUUUUGUAUCCGUCACUCCCCAGAAUAACCAUUCUGUACAACAGCCCUGUGUAUGCCAUGUACCCAGAGCUACCUCCUGAAGAAAUAAAAUUGAAGAAUAAAUUUGCCUCCUAUGCGAUUGGUUUUGUGAUCAGUGAAGGAUCAAACAAGGUCUGUGAAAGAAAGUACUGCAAAUUAAAAGAGCUUGGGUUCAACUUCACCGUGCUUCCUGAAGACUCUUAUGCUGUGACAACCAAAUUUGUGCACCGAAACUACUUGUCCCUCUUUUUUGCUUCCCAGAAGAUUUUUAUGCCUUUGAUGCGUUUUGUUCAGGACAAAUACUUGUGCGCCCAUCCACUAAUCCAAAUUGACCAAAGAGGGAUGUUGGACUUUUUUGCUCCUCUCGGCAAACAGUACGAUUUCUAUGUUCAGGAAGCUUCCACUUAUUACGGCGUUUCAUUGGUACACAAGGUGAGUCGUAUUCAGCUAGUGAAAGAAGAAAAUUAAAUGGACCAAGACUGAUUUUGGUUUUUCGCCAAAAUCUGAUAUUCUAUCUCGUCAGAGGGCUCUGUGAAAAACAUCAUGUUUUUUUUUUAAUUUUGUGAUAAAAAGUUUGGCAUCAUUUUGAUGUGUUUAGGGCUUUUUUUUAAUUGCUAAUUAGUUUUUAUCUAAGAGGAAACCAUGUAAUGAGAUGAAAUUUAUGUAAAAACCAAAUAAUGUAGAGCAAUGUAACUAUGUAUCAAAAUCGUAUAAUUAUUAAGUGAAGAGUUAAAAACAAUACUCAUUUUCAUGUUGAAAAUGAUUUUUACACUACUGGAUUUUAAGAUAAAUGAUAACGCAGUAGCUUUCGAAUUCCAAAACCGUUUGUAUUCAGGUCGAAUCUCAAAUAUUCUGCUUUGGAAUUAUUGUGAUCUCUUGCUUAUUGCUCAGCGUUUGAAAUUUCAAACUUUCGAUAACUCUUAAUAAGGAAUUAGGAAAUCCUUUCUUGCAAAAUGUGCAUGUCCUGCACAAAAAAUAAGUAUAAUUUUAAUUGAUAAUUAUGGAAGAUAAUUUUGCUUGUACAUAUCAGUGUGUAUUAUGCCAUGUCUUAUGCCUUUGUUUUAAAUUGUGUCGAUAGAGGAUAUUGGUGAGAAUCAGUAAAAUUAAUUUCUUUGCGCAAAAGAUUUUUCUUGUCUAUUUUAUUUCCAUCUAGAUUAUUUGGACUAUGAAUCAGAAUUUUAGAUUGCAAAUUGACCCUUUUUAAGUUUGCAGACUAUCAUCAAUAAUUGUUUGGGCUGUACUAAAAAUUGAAUCAUGAAUAAAAAAUUCUGGUCCAAGAAAUAAAAUGCCGUCAUUUGUACAAUGAGGUUGCAUUUUAAAUGCACAGUACUAGCUGCGUAUGCAAAAUUUUAUUCCCAAAAAAACUGAAAUUUCUUUAGGAGAUAUUUUAGCAAUGUGUGUGCGCAGCAGCUGAAAAUAAUGAAAAGAUAUAAUAUAUCAAUAAUAUAAAUUGAAACACUGAAUCCAGUUUUAAUUUUACACUGGCAUAAAAAAUACUUUUGAAGCUGCGAUCGAAAAAUACUUCUUGACUCUGUUUUGCAAGAUAAAAAUUUAAUGUGUUUUUACAUAUAAAUAACACCGAUGUUAAAAAAAAAUUCA